CCGCAAAGUUCGUGCCGAUACCUUUCCCUUGGCGUGUUGGCCCAUUACGACUUACAUAUCGCGUUGCCGAUGCAUUGCGUAGAUAUGUUCCCCGUCAACGCCAGUGCUUACUGAUGGGUGUCGUGUAUAUUGGCCUGUAACGAUAUCUCCCCGUUCUCCUCAGCCUCGAUGUCUCUCUUCAAACUCGCUGAUGAUCCUCCCAUUAAGCUCGGCAUAUACCGUGUUUUGUUUUCACGCGCAGGAGUGAGGGUCUCCCCGCUGACCCUCGGCGCCAUGAGUAUCGGUGAUAAAUGGGCAGUGCAUGGUAUGGGAGCGAUGAACAAGGAGUCCAGUUUCCAGCUCCUAGACGCGUAUUUCGAUAUGGGCGGGAUCUUUAUUGAUACCGCGAACACAUACCAAGAUCAGUCCUCUGAAGAGUUCAUUGGUGAAUGGACAGAGAAACGAGGGAUAAGAGACCCGUCACCAGCUUGUCAUUGCUACCAAGGUAAAUCAUUUCCUGCCUCUAGUUUCCUACAAUUAAAUCCACAAACUACACCUAUGAACUACGUAGGGAAUAGCACCAAUUCUAUGCAUAUCAGCGUGAAAGCGAGUCUCAAGAAACUCCGAACAACAUACAUCGACAUCCUCUACGUGCACUGGUGGGAUUACGAGACGUCGAUUCCAGAAGUCAUGGAUAACCUGCACAGCCUCGUCGCGGGGCGGAAGGUUCUCUACCUCGAGAUCUCUGACACCCCCGCAUGGGUCGUUUCGCAAGCCAACCAGUAUGCCAUGGACCAUGGUAAGACGCCGUUCGUCGUCUACUGGCAGGGCAGAUGGGGCAUCCUGGAUCGUUCGUUCGAGUGGGAGAUCAUACCCAUGGCCAAGUCUCUGGGUUUGGCGCUCGCUCCAUGGGGUGUACUUGGGCAAGGGAAGCUACGGUCCGACGCGGAAGAACAGAGGAGGAAGGAGAGUGGGGAGAAAGGAAGGAAUAUCACGGGCCUGCCAGCUUGGGAGCGUACUGAGGUGGAGGCCAAGGUUUCCAGGGCCUUAGAGAAGGUCGCAGCUGAAAUUGGUGCCAAGAGCAUGACGGCUGUCGCUAUUGCAUACGUGAUGCAGAAAGCACCGUAUGUAUUCCCGAUCAUUGGAGGUCGGAAGGUGGAGCACAUCGAGGCGAAUAUAGAGGCGCUGGAUAUAUUAUUGUCGAAGGAGCAGGUCGAGUAUUUGAAGGGUGUCGUGCCUUUUGAUCCCGGGUUCCCUACGACGAUGAUCGGUAACGGAUCGAGGUAUAACCCAUUUCUUGCAUCGACCUCAAAGAUGGCGAAACUGCCAGCAUUGCAGCCUAUUAAAUCUUGA